CCCACCCUGUGGCAACACUAGAAGUUUACUUUCGAGCGUCAUUAGUAGUUCUGAACCCAAAUCGGGGCUAUAUAUCUCCCAUAUCAUAUCCAAUCCGAUUGCAAGUGCGUGGCGUGAGGGCACAGGAAAUAGCCCGGUGAAUUCGGGAAGAGUGUCCACCAGAUCCGAGCAGCUGAUUAAGGUACUACUGCGUUGUUCGAUUCCCCUGGAUUGUGCAAAUUUUGGAGUCCAAAACAAAAGCGCAACGCAGAUCGAGAUAAGGAGCAUUACAAGGCCCAAAGUAAUCAAAGUAAUUGCCUGUGCUACCCGCAUUAUUCCCCGCAUAGAAACAAAGGAACCCCAACAGCAAGUACGGGUGCAAGCGAGACGGGGCGAGACUAGAAGAGCGAGAGGGGAAGAGAAAGGUGGGCAGGGAGCGGACGGAGGAGAAGCACAAUGGGACGCAUUUUUCUGGAACACCUCGGCGGGCUAAAGCUCUUCAAUUGUGCCCAGUGCCACACAAACCUGACCAACCGCAGCCAACUGAUCAGCACCCGAUUCACGGGCGCAACAGGACGCGCCUAUCUGUUCAAACGGGUCGUAAACCUGACCUUCAGCAACAUCCAGGAACGGGUCAUGCUCACCGGACGCCACAUGGUGCGCGAUGUCAUGUGCAAGAACUGCGGCGCCAAACUGGGCUGGAUGUACGAGUUCGCCACCGAGGAGUCUCAAAAAUACAAGGAGGGUCGCGUGAUUCUGGAGUACGCCCUGAUCACCGAAGCGGAGGGUUUUCCGUCGGAGGCCCCCACCACGAGUCAUUGAACGGAGAAGCUCCCAGCCGGAAAACGAAAACCACGCAUUGGCGAACCGUGUGUAGCCCUAAGUAUUGAGUAGAAAGCCGCAGGCGAUGGCUUCUAUGCAUUAAACCUAGUUUAGAGAUCGCCGUAGUCAGCAGGCGAGUCAGCACCAAGUUCGGUAAACCGGUUGUACAUCAUCCGGCACGGAGGACUCGCCAGCGGCCCAUGGUCUUAACGUGACUUAAACGUAAUUGUAGGCACAUCUAGCACGUAAGCAGCUGCGGCGCCCGAUUUUACCAUUUAACUACUACUGUCAUGAGGCUGAAGUGCUAAAAGAAAGAGAUUGGUCCUGUUACGUUGCCCUGCUCCGCAGAACCGCAACUGAUCCACACUUGUGUCUUUUCAAACAACAAGAUCUCUAGACCGUAAUCAAUCACCAAUCAAUCAAUCAGCAAUAAAGUAACACAAUUAUCGAAUAGUA